UUUCCGUCUCGCCAUUUUCCUCCUCCUCACUGGGACUCCCUCUCUCUGCCGCUUGCCGUGCUUCCCCCUCCCCUCUCAGCGCUUUAACCUGUCCGACGGGAUCGCGGAGACCUCUACCGAGAAGACCGAGAAGACCUGUCCCCCCGUGUCGUAGCCGUACCGACCCCCGAGAGAAGGAUGUCCUCCGAGGAGACUCCCGAGUACUCGCCUUUCUUCGCCGUGAUGGGCGCCUCCGCGGCCAUGGUCUUCAGCGCGUUAGGAGCGGCGUACGGGACGGCGAAGAGCGGCACGGGCAUCGCCGCCAUGUCCGUGAUGAGGCCAGAGCUCAUCAUGAAGUCCAUCAUCCCCGUGGUCAUGGCUGGCAUCAUCGCCAUCUACGGGCUGGUGGUGGCCGUGCUGAUCGCCAACAACAUCUCCGACAGAGUCUCUCUUUACAAGAGCUUCAUGUACCUGGGGGCCGGCCUGAGCGUGGGCCUGAGCGGGUUGGCGGCCGGCUUCGCCAUCGGCAUCGUGGGCGACGCCGGCGUGCGGGGCACCGCCCAGCAGCCCCGGCUCUUCGUGGGCAUGAUCCUGAUCCUGAUCUUCGCCGAGGUGCUGGGUCUCUACGGCCUCAUCGUGGCCCUCAUCCUGUCCACAAAAUAAGAGUCUCAAAAAACAACAACAACAACAACAACAAACACAAAACAAACAAACAUCUUCAUCCAUUCAUCCAUUCAUUCAUUCAUUCCACGUCAAAAGCAGCAAGAACAACUAGAAGAUUUUCACGUUUCCUUUCCAUUUCACUUCCCUCCGUGGGUCUGACAGGAUGAGGCGGCAGCAGAAAUGUGCGUGUUGUUAAAAAAAUCCGUCCGAGUUGUUGUGUCGGGGCCACGAAGACGUACAAGACGUUUGUUUUGUAGGAUGAUGAUGAUGAUGAUGAUGAUGAUGAUGAUGAUGAUGUGUGGACGGUCCGCCUGAUUUAUUGUGUGAUCCUAAAGUGUACAGUGAUCCAGCGCCCCCCCCCCUCCAGUAAAUGUAGUAACCAGUUUGUGCCGUGAGUGUGAAUAUCUCAACGUUCACCCCCCCCCCCCCCACACCCAAACUUUACCCCCUUUACGCCUCCUGGAUUUAUUUUAUUUGUACCUUUUAGUAGUUUUUAUCGUCUCCUUUUAUGUUUUUUUAAAGGCUGCUGAGAAGUCGUGCACACCAGUAUUUUAUUUAUUUAUUUAUAUAUUUAUUUUUAUUUUGGGACCAUUUUUUUUUGUUUUUUGACUCAUGUUUAUUUAUUGGAAACUUUUUGAAGCUGUCUAACUGGAACACUUGUUUAUUGAAGACCCUAUAUACAUAAAAAAAAAGAAAAAGAUAUAUAUAUAUAUAUAAAUUAUCUGUGUAUAGAUAGAUUAAUUGCACUGUGGGUAAAUGUUUUAAAGUGCUUGGAAUUCCUCUGGAUGUAGUGUGUUAUUAAUGGAGGACGUGUGUGUGUGUGUGUGUGUGUGAGAAUAAUUAUGAAUGAAUAACGUGUGCGAGUGGUUUUAUGUUUACUAUGACAUCUCAAACACUGGUAUUGUUUACUCGUAGUGCUGCUGUCUUGAUUUUUUUAUUUAUUUAUUUAUUUAUUUUUGUUGUUGUUUUUAUUUUUGUUGAUGGUGAGAGAUCACUGUUCGGCCAUGCCUGUCAGAUUUCCGAAUAAAACUCAACCUCCUCCAGAA